GAGCGCAAACGUAGCUAUUCUAUUCUUUCUAUAAUUAUAAAUAAAUGUUGUGGCAUAGUGUAUCAACACUAUUGCUGUGUGGUACACAAUAACACAAACCUCUCCCCUGUAUUUGUAACGCACAGAAGAGGACUACUUAAUUGAGUUCAAGGCAGUUGCGGUGGCUACGUGUGCAGUAACAGCCUUUUCAUAUCUUACCUAGACUCCGUGUGUUGAGUUAUGGCGACUAAAUUUAUGCUUCUCUAUUUGCUGCCAACUUUCUCUGUUGCUGUUCUCUCUGCGUUUUUUAUUCCCCAGCCUUCCAACAAUUUUUACACCGAUGAAUUAUUUCUUUCGUAUUCCAACGUCACUUAUUUGUCUAAUGGAAGUGACACUAGGCAUUGGCCCGAACUGGAAUUCAACUGGAGGAUAGUUGUGGCAACGGUGAUGGGAUUCUUGGGUUCGGGGUUCGGGACUGUAGGCGGGGUUGGAGGGGGAGGCAUCUUUGUUCCCAUGCUCACUUUAAUUGUUGGAUUUGAUACCAAGUCUGCGGCUGCUCUUUCCAAGUGUAUGAUAAUGGGAGCAUCAACUGCAUCAGUAUGGUACAACUUACGGGUGCCACAUCCUUGCAGAGAAGUGCCGAUACUAGAUUAUGAUCUAGCGCUUCUCUUCCAGCCAAUGCUCAUGUUAGGCAUUACCAUUGGUGUUUCUCUCAGUGUCGUUUUCCCCUAUUGGCUAAUCACAGUCCUCAUCAUCAUUCUUUUCCUAGGGACAUCCUCAAGAUCUUUCUUCAAGGGUAUUGAGAUGUGGAAAGAAGAGACUCUUUUGAAGAAAGAAAUGUCAAAGCAGCUAAAGACAGCAAAUUCUCGUGGUGAACUUCUUAUCGAUACAAUGUAUGAUCCAUUAAUUCCAAGACCGGAAAAAACACCAAUGGAAAUUUUUCUGUUCAAUUUAAGAUGGAAAAAUAUUGCAGCACUACUACUUGUGUGGGUUUCAUUCUUGCUUCUUCAAAUUAUUAAGAAUGAUUUAGUGGUUUGUAGUUCAUGGUAUUGGGUGCUUAAUCUGUUGCAGUUACCAGUUGCACUUGGAGUAUUUGGAUAUGAAUGUGUCAAAUUAUAUACUGAAAGCAAGAAGCGGAGAAAUACUGGGAAUCCGGAAUCAGUAUGCGAAGCUGCAAUCGAGUGGACUAUGCCAAACCUUGUAUUUUGUGCACUAUGUGGCAUCUUAGGAGGCACUGUUGGAGGGCUGCUUGGUUCUGGUGGUGGUUUCAUUCUUGGUCCUCUCUUGCUUGAAAUUGGUGUGAUUCCCCAGGUUGCUAGCGCGACAGCAACAUUUGUGAUGAUGUUCUCUUCAUCCUUAUCUGUGGUGGAGUUCUACCUUCUUAAGAGAUUCCCCAUUCCUUUUGCACUGUACCUCAUGUUCAUUUCUGUUUUGGCUGGCUUUUGGGGACAACUCUUCAUAAGAAAACUCAUUGCAGUGCUAAAGAGGGCUUCACUGAUUGUGUUCAUCCUCUCUGCUGUCAUCUUUGCUAGUGCUUUGACAAUGGGUGUUGUUGGUACCGAAAAGAGCAUCAAAAUGAUAAACAAUCACGAGUUCAUGGGAUUUUUAGGAUUCUGUUCCAGUCAAUGAUCAAUCUUCACUGAUUAGUGAAUAUGCUAAAAGUAUGUUGGUCAAUCCACGUUGACCAAAGAUUAAUGUAUUCUUGAUGGAUAGCAGCGAGGUGUUGGUCAAUUAGGCAUUGACCAAGCCAGCACCGCUGUGAUGACCCAAUUCAGGGUUCAUUCAUUUGCUCAUACCUUAGUUUGUGUGUGCAAGAGCAUGGUUCUGUAGGUGUUAGAUUAACACCAUUACAGACACCACUAGCUCUAUUUGUUUACCAUAUUUUGUAGUAUUUGUUCUUAAUCAUGUGUACAACAUUUAUCUAGAUGGAUUCUUGCUGAAUUGGAACUGCAGUUUCUGUA